AUGACCUUAAGAUGGUUUAAUGGGUUACGAAGAAGUUCCAUUCACAGUUUUGCUGAGUUGAUUCAGGAAUUCGGUGCUCGAUUUGUGACAUGCAGCCGGGUGCCACAAUCGGUGGACGCGUUACUAUCCAUAAAGAUAAGGGUCAGUGAAACCCUUCGGAAUUAUACCAGUUGGUAUUGGGAGCUUUACAAUGAAAUUGGUGGGGGUAACGAGAAGAUUACAGCGAGUACUUUUAGGAUGUGGUUGCUCAAGGAUUCUGAAUUACGGGAGUCGUUGACGAAAAAGCCUCUCGAGAAUAUGAGGCAACUCAUGAGGUGUAUUGAGGAGUAUAAACUCCUCAAGGAUGAUCGAUUGCAAAAUAAGGGCAAGGCCUCAUUGCUAAAUCGUUUCCGGCAAAGCGUUUUUCCCUCGAGACCACGGAAUGAUUUCAGGAUGCAGGCACUAGAAGCACAAAUGGGGGGGGGGGGUGAACGUGGCAUUCAAGGAGUCGGUACACAAGAUUGUAAACCGGAUUAA